AUGCUACAGACGCAUGGGGGACCUCACGACAAUGGCACCGACAAACAUCACGAUGAGCCGCGCGGGAGGAGCAGAGUCCCGACAACCCAGUUGCAGCUCCCUAAGAAUCGAAGUACCGGAAACCUUGCAAUCAUGACCGACCAACCGGGCCGCGGCCGAAUGCGCUUCUCCUUCGAUGCCGGCUCUGUUGCCGAGAGCGAUACGAUGACAAGCCACAGACCGUCCAUCGUAACAGACCACGACCAUGGCCUCGGCCUUUCUGGACUGCGUCGAAUUCGACAACAACCCUCUUCGCGAGCUCCGACAAUACCCUCGACAUCAAAUCCGGCCUCUAGAAGCUCGUCCAUUGGACUGUCGAGAUCGACCUCCAUGACGAUGUUGAUGGCAAACGCUCCCGGCAUGCCGUUCAACUCGCAUCCGUCAUCGCCCAACUUCUCCGAAGACCUCUCUCGCUUCCCGUCCGAGUCGUUACACUCAUUUUCAUUUGCCCAUCAAUCAGAAGAAUACAUACACAACCGCCAGAAUGUUCUCAAGAGAUCCAUAGAGUUUAUGAAGGACAGGAUGGGUUGGUCCGCCUCAUCCUCGAACAUUGCACUUGCGAGCGCCCAAGCACGAGCCUCUGGCGACGUUGAGACGCAGAAUAUGUUGGAUUUACUGGCCAGGGCACAACUCGUCGGCGCGGGUAACCUUCCGUCUCACGAUCAGGCCAUGACAGGCCCUCUUACCGGACCUGCACAAGUUUCCGGCGAGAACCUGUUUGACGCAAACUUCAUCCCACGGACGUCGAGCCCCGAGCCUUUCCACUCUCCCAGCGCAUCCCCUACUCAGACGCAUUCAAAGGCUUCUUUUUCGAAUAGGGAAGAGCCAUCAAAAAAGGACCCGGAGGAAAAGUCGAUGCCACCGACAGGCGACGCUGAAUCUGAAAGCUCGAGUAGGACCCCGACGAACGAAAGCGGAACCACGACCAAGACGUCCCCGCCUCCGUCUCGCAGGCUCAGCUUGAAACGCACGUUGACAGAUACACUUCCUGUUUCGGUCCACCAACAGUUGAUGGACACCAUGGCACAGCCAUACUUGGCGGUUCAUGAGCAACUUGCGUCUCCCACAACUGCACAUCCUCUCUCUACAGGUAACAUGCCCAGCGCGCUUGGUCCGGCUGUCCAUGGUCACUCGACAAGAUGGGUUCCUGCCGCGCAGGCCAUUUUCACCACAGAAUCGAAGCCGCCGUGGACGAUUAUUGCCGCCAACGACCUAGCUUGUUUGGUUUUCGGAGUCACCAAGGCGGAGGUUCGGCGUAUGGGAAUUCUCGAGGUUGUCCAAGAGGAGCGAAGAGCGUGGUUAGAAAAGAAACUAUUACAGAUGGAUCCCGAAGACAGCAUCAACGAGGCUGAAGAUAUUACGGCAGCAGCACCCGCACCGACUUCUUCAACGACCUCACUUCUGGGUGGCCGAGGGGGGAUAACGGCUCAGCUUCUAAGCAAACCCAAUUCCAGGUCACAGCCACCAAAAGCCGUUACACGCAAGGCACAAACCGUCCAUAGUGGAGAUCCUAACCCACCAAAGCCGAGAGGAGGCUCGCGGCAUCAGAGCAGUAGAUCCAGAGGAGUGUUGCUGUGCGGCGACGUGGUUCCCAUUCAAAAGAGAAACGGGGCAACCGGUUCCGCGAGUUUGUGGGUAAAAGAGAAGCGGGUUGGCUUAAUCUGGGUUCUCGAGGAAAUCCAUGAAGACGUAGCCAUCAUCGCACUUGACGACGAAGGCAUCAUUCAGAAGAUUUCCGGAGCCACAGCACCGAUAUGGGGGUUUGAGACAUUAAAACCUGGUGUGGAUGUCGGGAAGCUGAUCCCGCGCAUUCCUCGUCAAGGUAUCGAUCCUCGCACCGGGGAGGUUGAUUUUGCCCAAAUUGCGAGGCGCAAGUUCUUCACAUGCCCAAACCCGGCCAAAGUCAACAUUCCAUGCACCGUUGAGCAGGUACGGGGGAAAACCGAGUUACGAGUCUCGAGCUUCCCGCACAUUGCAGGGAUCAUCGUCGUUGACCCAGAGAAUCUCAAGAUUCAAAGCUCCAACUCGGUAUUCUGCGGAGCUCUGUUUGGGUUCGAAAAGCCCGAUGGCAUGCCCAUUGACUCGCUGGUGCCGAACUUUGAGAAAAUACUCCACAUUCUUACAGAGGAGGAUGGUAUUCAGCUACUAGACGGGAUUGUGGUACCAGAACACAGUUUCCGCCGGGCAUCGGCCAUCCUUGGUCUGCGGGAAAAUCGUCCAGAUGCCGCGGCAACAUUCCUGCGGCCCGAAGGGUUGCCAGGAAAGCACAGAGACGGGUCGGAGCUCAAGAUUGACGUUCAGAUGAGAGUUGUCAGAAGCGCCAAGCAAUCCACUGUCAUUCAAGAGACGGUCAUUGAGGACGAAGAUGAGGAUAAGGGCGGGGCGACCCAAGACGAUACUUUUUCGGUUACCCAUUCCGAAAUGGUUUUCGCUCUCUGGAUUACUUACUCCAGGCACAUGCACGCCAGCAGAUCCAAUCUCGGCAUGACAUCGGGCUCAGCCUCUGGAACGACGACUCCCUUACAUCAGCCAUCGCCUGGACAGACGCCCGCACACACACCACUAGAGAUUAGCUCGGAUUCCGACGAACCCAAAUCCAAAGAGACGUCGUCGACUGCAUCCGCCAUCACCAAACAACUCAAGGAAGUCGCAAUGACGGCCGCUGCGAGGUUGACUGGUGUGCAUCGAACCUCGGACAAGAAGCAAGAACAACCUUCGGCUCCCCGAGUUGUCGAACCGUCCCACAAGAAGACAAUUGACGAUUUUCAGAUUAUCGAGGACAUGGGCCAAGGUGCCUAUGGUCAGGUGAAGUUGGCCAAGUACAAGACAACGCAGAAGAAGGUGGUUUUGAAGUAUGUGACGAAGCGACGCAUUCUCGUCGACACAUGGACCCGGGAUCGCAAGUUGGGCACGGUACCUUUGGAAAUUCACGUGCUUGAUUACCUGCGAAGACCUGAUCUCAAGCACCCGAAUAUCGUCGACAUGGAGUCCUUUUUUGAAGAUGAUGUGAAUUAUUAUAUCGAGAUGGCCCCACAUGGCCUGCCGGGCAUGGAUCUCUUCGACUACAUAGAGCUGCGCAGCAACAUGGAAGAGGCCGAGUGUCGCAGCAUAUUUAUACAAGUCGCCAAAGCCAUAGGUCACUUGCACACGAAAGCGUUGGUGGUUCACCGAGACAUCAAGGACGAGAACGUCAUUCUGGACGGCGAGGGCCACAUCAAGUUGAUCGACUUUGGAAGUGCAGCGUACAUCAAGAGCGGGCCCUUUGAUGUGUUCGUGGGCACGAUUGAUUACGCUGCGCCUGAAGUUCUCGCGGGCAAGCCCUACGGCGGCAAGGAGCAAGACGUCUGGGCACUGGGAAUCCUGCUGUACACGAUCAUCUACAAAGAGAACCCGUUCUACAGCAUCGACGAAAUCAUGGAUCGUGACCUCCGGGUGCCUUGGACGAUGAGCGAUGAAAGCAUAGACCUGGUGCGAUGCAUGCUCAACCGAGAUGUAGAGGCGAGAUACGACAUCAACCAAGUGCUCUCACACCCUUGGUGCCAGGUGAUUGAUGAUGAGUGA